AUGUAUGGCUGCCCCAAUGUGGCCCCUGGACCAAUAACCUCACCUUGUGCCUUUUUCUUCAACUAUACUAUUUUCAGAAUGAAUUGCAUCGUCCUGAUAGCUUUGGUAGGACUCAGCCAACAGUACAAAAUGGAGAGAGCUGGAUAUUCUGGCGUGAACAAUGCUGAACAAGUGCAACAGACGGCAGCAAGAUCGCCAAGGAACAACCCGGUCGAUUACACCGCGGUUGGCCCAAACGUGCCGCCCAAGAUGGCAGGACCAGCGUCUUAUCAAGCCAGACCCCCUCCAGCUCAGGUGGCACCUGCUGUCACUCGGACCGGACCGGCUCCUGCUCGAACCGGGCCGGCUCCAGGUCCGGCGGGCAACUCUGGCGGUAACACCUCCCCGACUACAUACAAGAACAUGAGACCUUUCACGUUUCCAAGAGGCACUUAUUUGCCAAGUGAAUCUGAAAAGGGAAGCGUGCUCGCUAGCGCUGCAGGUACAUCAGGCGUGGAUCAGAGUGGCGUCAAUAUAGCUGCCAUUCUGAUCCCCAACACCAAUCCGUCUUCCAACGGAGCUAUACAGGGACAUAUGCGUGGACGACCAGUCGAUAAAGCAACUCUUUCACGGCUCACCAAUGGCCAGAGUACCGGUGACAACGAUGGUGAAGACCAACUUGGUGCGAUCUUCAUCGUUGAUUUUAACGAAUUCAUGCAAGAUGCUUCCUCACAGAGAAGAGGGUUCUCUCCGGAUGGAGCGAAUCAAGCAGCAGCAAGUGAUUCAGCUCCUCAACUAUCUGGAAGCUAUUCAGCUAUCCUCAUCCCUAAUCUUGGAGGAAAUGGCAGAAGGAGGCACAGGAAG